AUGAAAGCAAUGAUGCAGGCGCAAAGGGUAGAUUUCUUUUACAGCAUAAGGAUGUCACCUGUGAGUGAUAUGUGGUGCUAUCACUGGAAACGGAAGCUGCAGCACUUUCUGUAUUUAUUUACUAUCUACAUGAUAUGUCUGCAGAAUUUGGUUCUUGGAUGCUCUGAUUGCAGGAUAUCACUGUCCAACCCCACAGGAAUCUUCACCUCUCCCUGCUUUCCCAGUGAUUACCCUAACAGCCAAGCAUGCAAGUGGACCCUCCGAGCUCCUCCUGGAUUCAUCAUUCAGAUAACAUUUAUUGAGUUUGACAUUGAAGAAGCUCCGAACUGCAUUUACGAUUCAUUAACUCUAGAUACUGGAGAGAAGAAUCAGGUUAAAUUUUGCGGCGUCACUGCCAAAGGAUUAUCAUUUAACUCCACUGGAAAUGAAAUGAUCGUAACUUUUGCAAGUGACUUUAGUAUCCAAAAGAGAGGCUUCAGUGCCAGCUAUACCCGAGUUGCUGUUUCUCUGAGGAAUCAGAAAGUCAUCAUCCCCCAAACUCCAGAUGUGGACCCUGUGUCUGUGGCAAAAACAGUCCCAGUGCCAGUGCUUAGCCAGUUCACACUCUGCUUUGAAGCAACCAAAGCCAGCAAUGAUACCAGUGACUGGAAGGCUUUCUCCUACAGUGAUCCUUUUUCAACAGAACUCCUCAGUUUUGGAAAGACCACAAAAGGCCACUUCCUAUCAUUCUCAGGCACAAAGUGCAUACUAGACAGUGUCCUCAUGACGAAUUCAAAUGGAGAUUUUUUCACAGAAACUUUUGAACAAUUGUGCAUAGUAUGGGAUGGCUUCUCUGGCACUAUAGGUGUAUAUGGCAAGAGCAUCUAUCACACGGUUCUCUGCUCAGGUACCCUUGGCCAGGUUAUCCUUGGCAAUGGAAAAUUGGUGUUGGGCUCUGACAGCAAUGAAAUAAGCUCUUUAAAUGGGGACAUAUACAACUUUCGUCUUUGGAACUUCACCAUGAGUUCCCAAAAGCUGUCCAACCUCAGCUGUGAUGUGAAAGGAAACAUUGUGGACUGGGAAAAUGACUUCUGGAAUAUCCCAACUUCAGCAUUGAAAGCAGAAAACAACUUAAGUUGUGGCUCAUAUCUAAUUCUCCCACCUGUAACUGAACCAACUAGUUGUGAAAAUCUUGGAAGCCUUUGCCAAGCUACUACUGUAAAUGCUACUACUCCUCCACCACCCACUGUCACCACUAACAUGCCCGAUACUAAUAGAACCGAUAAGCCAAACGAUGGGGGGCUAUUCUACAGGAUUUCCAUUACUGUCUUCAAUUACAAGCCCAUCUUAGAGUCAAAAGUACAGAGUGUGGUGGCCGAAUGGCUAAAUCAGACCUUCCAGAACUGGAAUUAUACCGUGUAUGUGGUCAAUAUCAGUAUUCAGCCAACCACUGUGAACGAACUGCCAAGGGAGAAAAGAAGCACUGAUCAAAGAUUUGUGGUUUGGGCUCUUCUGGUUUACAACUCUACCAACAACAUCAGUUUAGAAGAGCAAGCCAUCCGGCAGAAACUCAUAAGCAAUAAUGAAACCAUAGGGGACGGACUGAGGGUCCAUACAGUGGAUGUUGAUCCAGUAGAAAAAUGUACAGCUGAAGAAAACCCUCUGAACUAUUUCUGGCCAGAUACCAGGCCCACUUUAACCAACUUUACGUUGUGCCAUGGGAGCUCAGUCCAGAUUGCAUCAAGAACAUGUUUUUUAAACCCGCACAACUAUACAUCAUACUGGGGCCAACCUGAUCUUAGAAAUUGCACAGAAAAUGCAGCUGAUAUAGCCAAUCAACUUCUGAAUCUCACUGGUGAAGGGCAGCAGCUGACCUCAGACAAAGUCAAUGAUGUUGUCCAGAAACUUAAAAAAAUUGUGAACGAUGAAGAAAUUGAUGAGUCUUUGGGUUCUACUGUGGUGACAAUUUUUUCCAAUAUUUUAACGAGUUCAGACAGUGUAUUGGCAGCAUCAUCUUCUGAAGCUUUAAAAACUAUUGAUACCUUAGCCUUAAAGAUUCAGUUCACUGGACCAUCCAUGAGCAUCUCAACUCGGAACCUGGCACUUGGAGUUUCUUCUAUUAAUUCAACGUCAUUUAGUGGAUCCUCCUUCAGUGUUGGUCCCCAGAACAAUGCUUCAGAUUUUCAGUUAGAUUUUGACAAGAAUCAGGGAAAUGCCCUGGCUUCUGUUGUUCUGCCUUCAAGUUUACUGAAGAAUUUAAGUCAAGAUGAGUUUGAAGCUGUAUCUAGGGCUCAGUUUACAUUCUUCAACAAAAAUGGACUUUUCCAGGAUGCAGAAAUGAAUGCCAAUUUAACCAGUUUUGUAGUGGCAUGCAGUAUUGGAAAUGUUACCAUCCGGGACCUUCAGGAUGCUGUCAAAAUUACAAUUAAACAUACCCUAUUCCAGGAGGAUCUUAAUCCUACCUGCGUCUUCUGGGAUAUGAACAAAAACAAUGGUAAUGGUGGCUGGAACGCCACAGGCUGCAUUGCACAAGCAGAAUCAAACGAGAAUGAGACAGUUUGCUUAUGCAAUCACCUCACACACUUUGGGGUGCUCAUGGACCUCCAGGGAACUGCUUCACAAAUAGAUCCACAAAAUAACAAAGUCCUCACCUUUAUCACCUACAUUGGUUGUGGGAUAUCUGCCAUAUUUUCAGCUGCAACUCUUUUGACAUAUAUUGCUUUUGAGAAGUUACGAAGAGAUUACCCCUCCAAAAUCUUAAUGAACUUGAGCACAGCCCUGCUCUUUCUCAACCUGGUCUUCCUGCUUGAUGGUUGGAUUGCAUCAUUCAACAUAGAAGGCCUCUGCAUAGCUGUUGCAGCCCUUUUGCACUUUUUCCUUCUGGCCACCUUUACGUGGAUGGGACUGGAAGCAGUCCAUAUGUACAUUGCUCUAGUAAAAGUGUUCAACACCUACAUACGGCGAUACAUACUGAAAUUUUGCAUUAUUGGCUGGGGUUUACCUGCGCUAGUGGUAGCAAUUGUAUUAGCAAGCACAAAUACAAAUGCAAGUCGUAUCUAUGGCAAAGUUGUAUAUGGCAGAGAUGCUAACGGGCAAGGAGGAGAUGAUUUCUGCUGGAUCAAGGAUAAGGUUGUCUUUUAUGUGACUUGUGCUGGUUACUUUGGAAUUAUGUUUCUUAUGAACAUAGCCAUGUUCGUGGUGGUGAUGGUGCAGAUCUGCGGGAGGAAUGGGAAAAGAAGCAAUCGGACCCUGCGGGAAGAGGUCCUGAGGAAUCUUCGUAGCAUGGUCAGCCUGACCUUCCUGUUGGGCAUGACAUGGGGUUUUGCCUUUUUUGCAUGGGGCCCCUUACAUCUCCCUUUCAUGUACCUCUUCGCAAUAUUCAAUUCAUUGCAAGGUUUAUUUAUAUUUGUAUUCCACUGUGCUAUGAAAGAGAAUGUGCAGAAACAAUGGAGGAGGCAUCUCUGCUGUGGCAGAUUCCGAUUGGCAGACAACUCAGACUGGAGCAAGACAGCAACUAAUAUUAUAAAGAAAAGCUCAGAUAAUCUUGGGAAAUCCUUGUCCUCCAGUUCUAUUGGCUCCAACUCAACCUAUUUGACAUCCAAAUCUAAAUCCACUUCAAAUACAUACUUCAAAAGAAACAGCCAUACAGACAAUACUUUCGUUGACAAGCCCUCAUCAAAAUUUGCCCAAGUGGAUGGAGAGCAGACACCAAUCAUCCCGGUCCAUCAGGUUAUUGACAAAGUCAAGGGGUACUGCAGUGCUCACUCAGACAACUUCUAUAAAAAUAUCAUGAUGUCAGACACAUUCAGCCAUAGCACGAAGUUCUGA